GUCGGAGCCUUCAUUCCAUAGCAAACAUGCGGGUUGCGUCGGUGUAUUUUUUUCUGACGAGGCAGUGUGUGUCAAUGCUGGCUCUGGACUGUCCUCCUCCAAAACGGAUCCACACGCAGGCCUUCUGUCUGUGGGAGAACAGGCGGAACGAGUCCGACCACAUGAGCCUCUUUAAGUGAGCGCGCAGUACACAAAAAGAUGAGCAGGUGGAGAGCUGGAAAGUACCAGACACCCUACAAAAGCCAUCUUAGGUUAACUCUGUGUUAAAUUAGUAAACCAUCUGACUGCAUGGCCCUAAAGCACGGUAUAAAAAAUAGCUUAGCCUCUGUUUGUGCACCAUGCAGUCCUCCUACAGGUGAUUGUUUAGGACCAGGGAGCUCCCUCCCUCGCAUCACUCUGACAAACAGGAAGUCCUAUGACCUGGUUAUCAGUAAGAGAAGCGGAACAUGGGAUAAGUCACAGAUUCAAUUGGACAAACAGAGCACCUUUCCUCCCUUGUGAGCCGUGUCCCCGAUGGCGGCCUCGGUUCAGACACUUCCUCGUCCUGGUAAAAAAUUUCAAAGCCCGUCCUUUUCGCCCCGCUGCAACAUGGGAAGUGUAGGCAGUCUGGUGGAGAAGCCCGACGUGUCUCCUACUAAAGUCAACCAGGCCGUUCCCCAGGUGAGGCCCAAACCGUCCAACAGCCUCGUGAAGAAAGGCUUCACCCAGAGGGAGCUCCUCAACUACCUCAACAUCACCAGAAAAGAGCCCAAAGCAAACCAGAGCGGCGGCUCCAAGAAUGACAUCAUGGCCUCUAUUGGUGGGCAUAAAAAAGAAAACCUGUAUGCCAAAGUCUUCAACAAAGAUGGCACAGAGAUUGAUUUGAGCAAGAACUCACUACCAAGUGGUGGAAAAUAUGAAAAGGCCCGCUUUAGGUCGUCUGCCUUCAAACCCGUCGCUCCCAAAAACUUCAGUUCCAUGCAGAACCUGUAUCCAUCUUCCAAGUCAGAAGACGUGGACCACGGCAUAUCUAAUGGGUUGCACAGAGCCUAUGCCCAUCUCUCCAAAACUCUCUCCAGCUCAUCAUCCUCAUCCUCGCCUUCUCGUCACGGAGGCUCCACCGCUGGUAACGACAAGGUUCAUUCCUCCGCACGAGGGGCAGGCCAGGAGGAUGACAAUCUGUCAGACCUGGGCCACAACUCCAUGAAUAGCCUGCCACCGUAUCGGGCCCCCUUUCGCCCAAACCUGGCUCAAAUCAGUGCAUCGAUGGGCCACAUCAAUACUAUCGGCUCCCUGGACCGCACCACACUGGGCGCGCAAGCUGUUGGGUCGGUAGGUGGGACCAUGGGGGAAAUGGCGUGUCGCAGCAUGGCAACACUCAGCCGCCUGGUGCCGUACGGAGGAGAAGCGCCACCUCCUUAUGACUGGACCCUCUCCAUGUCGGUAGAGGAAGUGGUGCGGGAUCUGGAAGAGCGGCUGGUAGAGAAAGAACACGAGCUGAAGCAGAUGAGAAGAAACCUGGACGAGAGCGAGGGCGCCAUCGCUCAGGUGUUUGAAGGCAAACAACGUCUGUGGGAGAAGGAAGUGGAGGAACUGAAGCGCCUCUACGCUGCCAAGCUGCGACAGGUUUCCCAGCAUGCCCAGCGAUCCCAGCGUGGUUUGCAGCUGCAGCUCUUCAAGGCCCAGCAAGAGAAAACCCAACUGCAAGAAGAGCUCGAGGGUCUGAAAAGAAGUCAGGAGAGCGAGGCCAAGGGCAAGCCAAGAAGUCCCACCCUGGAGGAGACACAGUGGGAGGUUUGCCAGAAGUCCGGAGAGAUCUCCUUGCUUAAGCAGCAGUUUCGAGACUCUCAAGCCGAGGUGACCCACAAGCUAAGCGAGAUCUUCCAGUUGAAGACGCAGCUCAGAGAGACUCGCCUGGAGCUUCGUAACAGGGACAGUCAAGUAGAUGCGCUGAAGCUCAUCCUGCACAGCUCCCAGUGUCACAGAAGACCCUCUCGCGGCACCAGCGACCACGGAAAAGGAGACGAAAGUGCAACAGGAGUGUGUGCGGGCCCGACCGAGGAGCGUCUGCGCGCCGAGCUACUAUUGGAGCGGCGCCAGAGUGAGGCCCAGGCCGCGGCUUUCGAGGAGGAGAGGCGGACAUGGCAGAAAGAGAAGGACAAGGUCAUCCGCUACCAGAAGGAGCUGCAGACCAGCUAUUUAGAGAUGUACCACCGCAACGCGGCGCUACAGAAGGAGGUGCACCAGCUGCGAGCCAUUCGAGAGCAAGGAGGAGGGAGCGGAGAUGGCACUUUGGAAAGGGAAGACAAAGAGCUGAAGAGCGACGCGGAAAAACAAGAUCCUCAGGUUCCAUCCUCAGGUUUGCCGUGGAUAGAUAGGAUCGAAUCCUCCGAAAUUUGAACAUAACACGGACGACAAGGCGGCCUGGGACCAAGAGUUAGAACUUUUAGUUUCAACUAUGAUUGUAAUUACCAAUCAAUAAAGCCACACUGUAAACUAUUUGGAUAGUUGUGCACCUCCUGCACUCAGUUUGGGAUUUUGUGAUUGAAAACUAAUGCGUUAUCCAUUGUUUAAUUGAGGAAAUUGUGUUUGAGUAGAGUAAUUUUGGCUGCAUUCUGCCCCAUAUAUAUGCUUUGGCAGAGGUAAAAUGCCGGCGUAAAAUAAAUAAGUGAAUAAAUAAAA